AUGAAAUUGUUGGAAAAUGCCAAGCUCGAUGCAAUUAGUUCCACGCUAUCGAUUGAAACACCGGUUUGUGAUGUAACCACUCGAGUGGAGAGUUACUCAUGUAAAAUGGCAGGUGAUCCCAAAAAAUUGUACAAACAGCUACGAAAUGAACCAGGAACAUCACCACGUGAUUUAGAAGUUCUAGGUCCAUCUCAAACUCAAUCGCCUAUUUACAAUUAUAUGCUAUCAAAUUCUCCUCCGCCAGUGACAUAUCCAAAUCCGAUUGCUCGUUCAAUAUCGAGCGAUGAUGAAUCGCCGUUGUAUAAAACCAUCCCACGGAAAACAUUGAUCUUUCUCAUAUCAACAUUGAAUGCAUCGUUUGAACCAGAUUAUGAAUUCAGUUCGUGUACUAGUCAGGAUUUUAGUCGAGAAAUGAAUUUAGAAGUUGUAAAGAAUGUUGUUGAUUCGCGUUUAUUAUCUACGAUCGGUGAUAAUUAUCGAUUGUUAUCACCUCAACUCUGGUCAGCAAUCGAUGAAGAAAUCAAUCUGAAAGAAAGUGAAAUCUAUUGUUAUCGUCCAGAUGGCACGUCUGAUCCAUUUUCUGAAGCUGGAAUCAUUUGGUCAUUCAAUUUCUUUUUUCAUAACAAGCGACUUCGUCGCAUACUUUUCGUUACUUGCCGAGCUGAUUGUAAAACAGCAACAAAUGAUGAAGGUAAUGACGAAGGUGAUUCGUUAAAUACAAAUAACUACAUGACAUUCGAUGAAAUUAUGGGCUAA